UAGAAAGGUAAAAAGACGACAAAAAUUCAGACUCAAAUGCAGAAAUUAACCAGGAAUCUAAUUUUGUAAGGAUCUCGUGUAAAAGUGUAGAAAAAGGGAUAAGCGGUAUGGCGGUAUAGCUCAUUUACCAUAUAUAGUGAUGAAGACCUAGGUUUUGAUUUGCCUUUUACAUUGGAUACAUAUAUAUGACCUAGCAUAAAGGCAGUCUUUAUACAUUUUGUUUACGAUUGUAAGAUUCCAGUAAAAAAACGAAUAUGGAGAAAGACAGUUACGUGAUUUAUAGCAGCAAAGGAGGAACAGGCAAAACCACUUUAGCAUUCCAAAUGGCAACUGAGUAUGCACAUUUACGUCUAACGAAGACGCUUGCCUUGCGUGUAGUGGUAAUUGAUUUGUGUCCAAAUGCAAAUGUUUCUCAAGCUUUGCUCACAAAGACCGACGAAAAUGCAUCAAGGUCAGAACCAGGAACAGUCGCUGUUUCGAAAGCCUCCAAGAGGAUGGUACAAUUAUCUUCAGGAAAUGAAUACGAGCAGACAGUUGCUGGUUACCUUUUGGCGAUGCUUGAUAGAAAAGACGUGAGGAACUUCGAUUGCAUGAAGUUUUUGAUGAAGGUACACGAUUUUAACGAGAAGAUUCCUGAAAAUGUUUAUCUUUUGUGUGGUGAUCGCUAUCUUGAUGUUCUUUUAAAAAGGCUUGAACAAGAAAGGCAAUUAUCUCCAACUCGCAACGGCGAUAAUCCAUGGAAAAGAGUUACCCUUUUCAUCAAAGAUUUCAUCGACGGUAUAAAUGUCGACGGUAUAAAUGUUGAUCCUAGUUUGGAGUAUACUUUUGUCAUUGAUACGAAUCCUAACUUUUCUAUUUACACAGAAAUGGCGAUUAGUGCCGCAAAACAACUUAUAGUUCCGUUCACAGCUGACGACUUUUCGUUGUCUGCCAUAGAAAAUGUGCUUUGCAUGGUAUAUGGAUAUAAGUCCGAUGAUGAUAAACGAUUAGAGAGCUUCAAAGAAUCUCAGUACUUCUGGUUAACACAAAAAAAUAAGGUAGAACGUUCAAAGUUACUUUGCUUUGUUUUCAACAGAGUUACUUUUUAUGAGUCCGGACCUGCUUCUGCAUUUGAUGCAAUCAGAGAUAAGCUUGUAUAUAUUUUAAUACAAGUAUUAAAAUACUAUUCUGAUGACCAAAAAGCAAGACAGGUUUUUUGGUCUGUGUCUGAAUCAUUGAAUGCUGAUAUAAUCAAAAAGAAAUAUAUUGUUGAUCUACACGAUUUCCACUCAACGGGAAUAGUUUCUUUACAUUCUGGAUGUCCCAUGUCAAAAGUAAAAAGCGGUGAUCACCUCGUCUAUGGAAGUAAAGUAAACAUUUCUAGUGGUAAAAUAUCUAAAUAUUACAUAGACAUUUUCAAAAUACUGGAAAAGAUGUUUUUUUAGUUUUGUAAAACCAAACCAUAUGCGUUAUCAAUUAUUAUUAUUACUGUAUUUUACACAAGUCAUGUUAAAUAUGAAUGAAUAAAUAAAUAAAUGUUAUAAUAUUUGUCAUGAUUAUCUUAAUGUUUGUUAGCUGUAUAAGUAUUGAGAACUUUCAACGGUAGUAUUCGUACACACAUGAUGAUUUCCCUAUAAAUGAAAAUAGCAACUUGUUAUUCCUUGGUGCACGUUGGAUUUUUGCUUUUUACAUUUUGAUUAGAAAAUUUUGUUUGACCUAAGGUAUUUUUUUUAACGAUGUUUUUUAAAGAUGUUUUUCCAGGUAGCUUUUAAAGUAACGAUAGUAUAUGAAAACAAAAUGUUAAUAUACAAGUUUUUAAAUAUGUUUGGGAAUAAAUUAUUAUGAUUGUAUAUGAACAAAGCAGUCAUUAGUAUCAGAACCCUAUGUAGGAAGAUAUGUUUUCUCUAAUACUCUAAAACCAAUUAUUGCCAUGCAAUCGGUCAUUUUCUUCUCUUAUAGUUUAUAACGGCAUGAUACUAAACCCAUAUUUAGAGGGAUUGUGCUCGAUUUUCAUAAGACGAAGACAUAAUCUUUCGAUCAAUUUAAUUGAGGCCUGUAACUGCCAUGUUAGUUACUGU